AUGGCGACGCCUCGUCGCUCCUCUCAGCAGCAGCAGCCAAACUCCUUGCUAUCCUCUCCACCCCACGGCUCCCUCCGCCCCGGCACCCCGCCCGGCUCCCCGGCAGGACCCACCGACGAUGCCACCCCGCUUUCCCACGGAGACAGGAUAGAUAGCACGGCUGACGGUGAGGCAACCCCGGCCUCUCCCACCACCAUAUCCCCUGCUCCGGCCCUCAGCAGCAGCAGCAGCAGCAACACUAGCAGCAGCAACACUAGCAGCAGCGCUAGCUCCCCGACCACCACCGAGGGCAGCGGGACCAGCGCAGGCUCUACGCCCGACUCGGGGAGCAGUGACCAGGGCAGCGGUGGCAGCAGCGGUAGUGCAAAUGGGGCUUUCAGGGAGUUAUUUGAAGCCUGUCGUAACGGGGAUGUUUCGAGGGUGAAGAAACUCGUGGAUGCGGUGAAUGUGAACGCUAAAGACAUGGCAGGACGCAAAUCUACACCCCUGCAUUUUGCAGCAGGUUUUGGGCGGAAAGACGUGGUGGACCACCUGCUUCAGACAGGCGCCAAUGUGCACGCUCGGGAUGACGGGGGUCUGAUCCCGCUUCACAACGCCUGCUCGUUUGGUCACUCUGAGGUGGUGUCCUUGCUGCUGUGUCAGGGGGCCGACCCUAAUGCUCGAGACAACUGGAACUACACACCGCUACACGAGGCUGCCAUCAAGGGCAAGAUAGAUGUCUGUAUAGUGUUACUGCAGCAUGGAGCCGACCCCAACAUCCGCAACACCGACGGCAAGUCUGCCCUGGACCUGGCUGAACCCUCCGCCAAGGCCGUGCUCACAGGUGAAUACAAGAAGGAUGAGCUGCUGGAGGCGGCGAGGAGUGGAAACGAGGAGAAGCUAAUGGCCUUGCUCACUCCGCUCAACGUCAACUGCCAUGCGAGCGAUGGCCGCAAGUCCACUCCGCUCCACCUGGCAGCAGGAUACAACAGGGUGAGGAUAGUUCAGCUGUUACUACAACACGGCGCAGAUGUUCAUGCCAAGGACAAGGGUGGUCUGGUGCCUCUACAUAAUGCCUGCUCCUAUGGACACUAUGAAGUCACUGAGCUGCUGCUGAAGCACGGAGCCUGUGUGAAUGCCAUGGAUCUCUGGCAGUUCACCCCACUCCAUGAAGCGGCGUCUAAAAACCGAGUGGAGGUCUGCUCUCUGCUGCUGAGCCACGGGGCCGACCCAACCCUGCUCAACUGCCACAGCAAGAGCUCUGUGGACAUGGCGCCCACUCCGGAGCUGAAGGAGAGACUCACAUAUGAGUUUAAGGGCCACUCCUUGCUUCAGGCUGCUCGAGAAGCUGACAUGGCCAAGGCUAAGAAGACCCUCGCAUUGGAGAUCAUCAACUUCAAACACCCUCACACACACGAGACUGCGCUGCAUUGUGCAGUAGCAUCGCCGCACCCCAAGAGGAAACAGGUGACGGAGCUGCUGCUGAGGAAAGGCGCCAACGUCAAUGAGAAGAAUAAAGAUUUCAUGACUCCUCUCCAUGUGGCAGCAGAGCGGGCUCAUAAUGACAUAAUGGAGGUGCUACAGAAACACGGGGCCAAGGUGAAUGCCUUGGACACGCUGGGUCAGACAGCGUUGCAUCGUGCUGCGCUGGCAGGCCACCUUCAGACCUGCAGGCUGUUGCUAGGAUACGGGGCUGACGCCUCACUGGUGUCACUGCAGGGCUUCACUGCUGCUCAAAUGGGAAAUGAAGCUGUACAGCAAAUACUCAAUGAGAACGUCCCAGUGAGAAACUCAGACGUGGACUACAGACUUCUGGAAGCUGCUAAAGCCGGAGACCUGGACACAGUCAAGUCUUUGUGUACGGCUCAGAAUGUGAAUUGUAGAGACCUGGAGGGGCGACACUCCACUCCCCUUCACUUUGCUGCUGGCUACAACAGAGUUGCGGUGGUGGAGUACCUGCUGCACCAUGGGGCCGACGUGCACGCCAAGGACAAAGGUGGUUUGGUUCCUCUCCAUAACGCCUGUUCGUAUGGUCACUACGAGGUGGCCGAGCUGCUGGUCAGACACGGAGCCUCAGUCAAUGUGGCCGACUUGUGGAAGUUCACACCGCUCCACGAAGCUGCCGCCAAGGGCAAAUAUGAGAUCUGCAAACUGCUGCUCAAGCACGGAGCAGACCCCACAAAGAAAAACCGGGACGGGAACACACCUCUGGAUCUGGUGAAGGACGGGGACACGGACAUCCAGGACCUCUUGAGAGGAGACGCUGCGUUACUGGAUGCAGCCAAGAAGGGCUGCCUGGCCAGGGUGCAGAAGUUGUGCAGCCCCGACAACAUCAACUGCCGGGACACACAAGGACGCAAUUCCACCCCGCUGCACCUCGCAGCUGGCUACAACAACCUGGAGGUAGCAGAGUAUCUGUUGGAACAUGGAGCUGAUGUGAAUGCACAGGACAAAGGAGGGCUGAUACCUUUGCACAAUGCAGCGUCAUACGGGCACGUGGACAUAGCCGCCUUGCUGAUCAAGUACAACACGUGCGUCAACGCCACAGACAAGUGGGCGUUUACUCCCCUCCACGAAGCGGCCCAGAAGGGUCGGACUCAGCUCUGUGCUCUGCUCUUGGCCCAUGGAGCCGAUCCCACCAUGAAAAACCAGGAGGGGCAAACGCCACUGGACUUGGCGACGGCUGAUGACAUCAGAGCAUUGUUGAUUGACGCCAUGCCGCCAGAUGCUCUGCCGAGCUGUUUAAAACCGCAGGCCACAGUGGUGAGUGCAAGUGUGGUGAGUGCAGGCGCCACAGCAGGUGUGGUCAUCUCUCCCUCUCCAUCCCCGUCCUGCUUGUCAGCAGCCAGCAGCAUAGACAACCUGACCACGCCCCUCAACGACAUCACAGUGGCCGGUGCCACUGGAACCGCCGACGGAGCAUCUGGAUCCGACAGGAAGGAAGGAGAAACAGCUCUACUCGACAUGACCAUCAACCAGUUCUUAAAGAGUCUGGGGCUGGAACACCUCCGAGACAUCUUUCAGAGGGAACAGAUUUCGCUGGAUGUGCUGGCAGACAUGGGUCACGAGGAGCUCAAAGAGAUCGGCAUCAACGCUUACGGUCACAGACACAAACUCAUCAAGGGCAUCGAGAGGCUGCUGGGAGGCCAGCAAGGUGCAAACCCAUACCUGACGUUCCACUGCUCCAGUCAGGGCACCGUGCUGAUCGACCUGGCACCAGACGACAAGGAGUUCCAGUCUGUGGAGGAGGAGCUACAGAGCACUAUCAGAGAGCACAGAGAUGGAGGCAAUGCAGGCGGAGUCUUCAGCCAGUACAACAUCAUCAAGAUUCAGAAGGUGGUGAAUAAGAAGUUACGGGAGAGGUAUGCACACAGACAAAAAGAAAUUGCAGACGAGAAUCAUAACCACCACAACGAGCGGAUGCUGUUUCACGGUUCUCCCUUCAUCAACGCCAUCAUUCAUAAGGGCUUUGACGAACGCCACGCCUACAUCGGCGGCAUGUUUGGCGCCGGGAUCUAUUUUGCCGAGAACUCCUCCAAAAGCAACCAGUACGUGUAUGGGAUCGGUGGAGGCACAGGAUGUCCCACCCACAAAGACCGUUCCUGCUACGUGUGUCACAGGCAGAUGCUGUUCUGCAGGGUGACGUUGGGUAAGUCAUUUCUUCAGUUCAGUGCGAUGAAAAUGGCCCACGCCCCCCCCGGACAUCACUCUGUUAUUGGACGGCCCAGCGUCAACGGACUGGCUUAUGCAGAGUACGUCAUCUACAGAGGGGAGCAGGCUUACCCAGAAUACUUGAUUACCUACCAGAUCGUAAAGCCGGAGAGUGUGGCGGCUCCCGCUGCCACCGCUGAGCAGAAGUCUUAAAACACAGACCCAGCUGGAUCAGAAUGCAGUGGACUAGAGAACUCUCUCAAGAGAACUGAACUAUAAGGCCUUUGAAACCUCUGACCCAGUAUAAAAGUCUCCAGAGCUGAACUUGAGGUGGGUGAGGUUAAGUGUCGACCAGACGUGAGUCAGACAACCCUCGGAAUUGGACCUGAACGUGUCUCAGCAGAAGAAGAAGAAAAGAAAAAUGAGGAGUUUUAGGGGUACAAUACAUGCACAGUCCAAUACAGAGGAGUGCAAGAAUCAAUGAGAUUCUUUAAUUAAUUAGGUCUAAUUCUGCUUAAGAAAAUUCAAAUGGUUUGAUCAGCAGCUCUGGAAGCGUAUCAGUAAGCAGGCCUCUGGCUUGAUCCUAUAAAACGAUUAAGGAAACAAUUAGGACAGGACACAGUCCAAAGCAAAACAAACACUCCUGAUUUAGCACCUUUGCGCUGCU